AUGGAUCAAUUUAUAAAUGAUGCUGGUAGCAAAGCUAUUUCAUUUGCCAUCAAAUCAAGUGUAUCAUAUGCUUCCUCAUUUGCAUUGAAGAAGAUAACUAAAUUGUUAGAUGAUAAAAUAAACGAAAAACUACUUAACCCAGCAGUUUCGGCCAAAAAGGAUUCUCAAGCCAAAGUUAUUGAUAGUGUAGAUGAUAAUACCAAUUUUUCAGGCAAGUACAAAAACAAAAACAAUAAUAAUGAAAUAUAUGAAUUGAAAUUACUAAAAAAUAAAUUAACCAUUCAAUUUGAUAUUGUGGCAAAUGCGAUGGAUUUAAUUAAGCUAGUUUCGUUGAAAUCAAAUACACCUACAUUGAAUUCUACUUUGAGAUUAAUCGAGCCUUUACAAAAAGAUAUACAAGAUUUUGAAAUUUAUUUACAACAACCAAACGACAAUAUGGACGAAGUAAGGGUUAUAAUCGAUAAAAUGAAAUCGUUUACACGUAGAAUUGAAGAAAUUAUUCCGUUGAUCAAUUUAAGUUUAUACACUUCUGGUAUCAAUUUAUGCACAACUAUGAAGAUUAGCGAUGUAUCACCAAGUUUGAUAUUAAAUGCGGCUAAAUACUUUUCCUUUGAAAAUAAGAAACACACCAAUAAUAUAGGUCCUAUCUUUGAAAUGAGCGUCUUUUCUGUGAGCUCAAUAUCGGAUAAAAUAUUAUGGAAAGAAAACAUGAAAAGGGCAACAAUAACAAUCAAUAAAAAGGAGAACACAGAACACUCUGAAAAUAUGACCAAAAAAUGCUCAAAAUAUCAAUAUGACUUAACAAUUAAACAAAACUUUGAUGACGGGAGGUAUCAUAAUUUGAAUGAAGAAAUAGUUCAAACAAAAAAAUAUGAUUUGAAUUCCCUUGUUAAAAUCUAUUUCAAUAUAAGUGGUGACCUAUUGAAUAUACCUGAUUUUAAUGAUCCUGUUUUAGUUUUGAAAAUUAAAAAAGAACAAAAUGAACGUCAUACUGACGAUUCAACUUAUCCCACAGAUGAUUCCAAUCACGAAUGGAUUGCGUUAGGUAUGUAUGAAGAAUAUGAAUAUUCAGAUUCCUCCUCUGAUUUAGAAUCACAAGAGGAAUCCAAGAAUGAACAUGAUGAGACGGAGGAUGAUAAUUCCAGCUUUAAAAGCGUCAAAUCUACACUGGACCCGGAAGAACAAGAUUCUGUUCAUACACAUCCUAGUGUUAAUGGAAAUAACAAAGGAAUUAUGUCAGUUACUCUAUUAGAGUAUAUUUUGAGGCUUUGCAAAAUCCAACACCUUGAACAAAAAAGUAUUUUUGAAAUUAAUGAUGAAAAAUUGUGUUUCUAUUUAAAUGAAGAAACCGGCAUAGUAAAUGAUUACAAAGAGCAAGGAAAAAGUGUAAAUUCCAUCACAAGUGGAAUUACUAAUUUGAAAAUAUGA